AUCAUAAAUAUAGAGUGUUUGUUUUGAACUCUACUCGCUACUCGCUACGCCCCCCUUCCGCCCUAAAGUCGUAUAAGCUAUUAGAAUUUAGAAGUCAGUCUGUCGCGGCGAGACGCAGAGCUAUACGCUCAAUCAAAGCAAGGGUUCAUUAUUGAUCCGUUUCUAGGGUUUUUCGUCUCUUCAGCUCUUUCUCUGCCUCUUUCCUCUUAUUCCAUCGAUCGAAAAGUUAGAACGACAGCGAGGUCAGUCAAUCAUUUCAUUCUUUGUUCUAUGAUUUUUAUCCAACAAUCAAUCCUCGAACCUUCACCAGGACAAAGAACCUCGAUUGGAACCCGUGAUCUUUCUUUCAUUUUUUCCUCCCAUUUCUUUCUCUGUUUCUUGUCAUGCGAUUUUCGCAGUCAUCGACCGGUUCUCCAGCGGAGGGUCGUGCGCAAACAAGUCCUUCUUUAUUGCCCCAGUCUCGGCAUUUUAGGUCCGGGCGGGAGCACUCGCGAGCUCGGAAGAAACAUAAGAGACUGGACGCUAUAUGCGAAAAGGAGUACAAUCGCCACCGUGUCAUUGAAGCCGAGACGAAUGAGGUGAAUGCUGAAGGAGCCCCGGGGAAUGUUGAUGCGGAGCUUCGUAGGAGUUCUCGCGUUAGGAGAGCGCCGGUGUUACUUGAUGUGUCUCCACCGCCUGUGAAGAAACGACGCAAAAUUCAUAAAGGUGGAGGCAGUCAGACCAAGAAGAAUGAGACGUCUGGUAAUAGGAAACAGGGGAAGGAUUGUUCGGAGCAGCCUUCGCCCGUUCCUAAUUCUGAAGAUUUGGAGCAACCAGAUAGCUGGAAAUCAAGGCUUAGGUCUAGGGCAAAAAAUGUUUAUUUUUCUCCGAAGGAAAAGGAUGCUUCUCCCCUUAGUAAGAGGAGGCUUUUUGAUGAACCGGAAGAGUCUAAAGUUGAAGAAAAGGUUGGAGGUGGAGAAUCAAAUAAUAAUAAAGAAGGAUUACAAGGUGCCAAGUCCCCCGUCGCUAAGUCGAAGAAGCCUGGCAAGGCCAAGGGGUCGAUGUGUCCCGUAAAUGAGGAUCAAGCAACUGUCUCCUGUAAGAGCAAGGAAAAUUCCAAUGAGGAGAACGUGGAGAAGAGGUUGCCAGACAUGAAUCAGGAAGGUGCCUCGCGAGUUGAAAUCGUGAUGGAGGCUGGAGAUGAGACAAUUGUAGAUGAUAGUUCCACUCAGGUAACCGAGAAAGACGGAGACGAGGUUAUUACUUGUAUGCAGUUAGACAAGGAGGGUGACGACAGAAAGGAUUUAGAGACUGUGGAGCAAUGCGUGGAACAGCUGGAACAGCCAGGGUGUGAAAAGGAAGGAGGAAACUCGAAGGAUGCAAUGUCUGCGGAUGCAGCUCCCACAGACCCACCAGAGAGCGUGGAUUGUCAUCCCUCCAAGGAUGCCUGCCCGAGCAAGUCUGAUAACAAACCUUCAGAAGAUGUGAAUGUUGAACGGGUGGCCAAGUCAAGCCUCUAUUCAACUGAGACAUUUGACAAGCCACGCUUUACUGAAGGACGAAGGUGUGGCUUGUGUGGUGGUGGAAUUGAUGGGAAACCCCCAAAGAAGUUGGUCCCAGGUUCCAAUGAGAGUGAUAAUGAGGCAUAUGGUGGGGCAUCUGCUUCAGAGGAGCCUAACUAUGACAUAUGGGAUGGAUUUGGUGAUGAACCUGGCUGGCUUGGGCGACUCCUGGGCCCUAUACAUGAUCGAUAUGGUAUCGCUGGUGUUUGGGUUCAUCAACACUGUGCAGUAUGGAGUCCAGAGGUCUAUUUUGCUGGUCUGGGACGCCUGAAAAAUGUUAGAGCAGCACUUUUCAGGGGAAGAGUUUUGAAAUGUAGUCGCUGUGGGAGACCAGGAGCAACUAUUGGGUGCCGUGUUGAUCGGUGUCCAAAAACUUAUCACUUGCCUUGUGCACGAUCUGAUGGUUGCAUUUUUGAUCAUCGCAAAUUUCUAAUAGCCUGCACUGAUCAUAGGCAUCUUUUCCAACCUUAUGGAAAUCAAUAUUUGCACCGGAUGAAAAAAAUGAAACUUAGGAAGAUGAAGUUGGAACUGCGAAAACAGUCUCAUGAUGCUUGGAGGAAGGAUUUUGAGGCAGAAGAAAAGUGGUUGGAGAACUGUGGUGAGGAUGAAGAGUUCGUGAAACGUGAGGGGAAGAGGCUUCAUCGAGAUCUCUUGAGAAUUGCACCUGUAUAUAUAGGAGGUUCUUCAUCUGAAAGUGAGAAACUAUAUCAAGGUUGGGAAUCUGUAGCUGGACUUCAGAAUGUUAUCCAAUGCUUGAAGGAAGUUGUCAUAUUACCUCUUUUAUAUCCUGAAUUCUUUAGUAACCUGGGACUGACUCCUCCUAGAGGGGUUCUUUUACAUGGAUAUCCUGGGACUGGUAAAACUCUUGUGGUGCGGGCAUUGAUUGGCUCAUGUGCUCGUGGUGAUAAACAAAUAGCUUAUUUUGCCCGUAAAGGUGCGGAUUGUUUAGGAAAAUAUGUUGGUGAUGCUGAGCGCCAGCUAAGACUCUUAUUUCAGGUUGCUGAGAGAUCUCAGCCAUCUAUAAUAUUCUUUGAUGAGAUUGAUGGUUUAGCUCCGCGUCGCACAAGGCAGCAGGAUCAAACACAUAGUUCUGUUGUUUCAACUUUACUUGCCCUACUGGAUGGUCUCAAAUCCCGAGGUUCAGUUAUAGUUAUAGGUGCAACUAAUCGUCCUGAUGCUGUUGAUCCUGCCUUGAGACGGCCUGGGAGAUUUGAUAGGGAAAUUUACUUUCCUCUGCCAUCAAUGAAGGAUAGGGCUGCUAUUCUGUCACUCCAUACUCAAAGAUGGCCAAAAUCAGUAUCGGGAUCAUUGCUUAAGUGGGUUGCAAGACAAACUACAGGAUUUGCUGGUGCAGAUCUGCAGGCACUUUGUACCCAAGCAGCCAUGAAUGCUCUGAAACGAAAUUGUGCCUUGCAAGAUAUUCUUUUGUCGGCUGAAAAGAAGAUUGAUAAUGGUAACCGGCUUCCUCUUCCUUCUUUUGUUGUGGAGGAAAGAGAUUGGUUAAGUGCUCUUGAAUGUUCACCUCCUCCAUGCUCCCGCAGAGAAGCAGGAAUGGCUGUAAACGAUGUAGUUUCCUCUCCUCUUUAUACCCAUCUUAUUCCUUGCCUGUUGCAACCACUAUCAUAUCUGCUUGUGUCACUUUAUCUUGAUGAACGCAUUAAUUUACCUCCUUGCCUUUCUAAAGCUGUGAUGUCAAUUAAAGGUAUUGUUUUUUCUGCUUUGGAAAAGAGGAAGUUACCUGGUUUUUGCUGGCGAUCCUGUCUUCAUGAUUUAAUUUGGGAAGAAGAUAUUGCAAGGGAGAUAGAGAGAAAUCUUUCUUGUGCUGGCCUUUUAAUUGGGGUGUCUAAUCUUUCUAAUUCUACUGCAUUAAAUGGGGAGAGUGAUGAUGAUAAUGAGACAGUUGAACUCUGUGCCAGUUCUCAUCUUGGUUUGCAGAAUGCAUCAUAUUCAUCAAGAAUGGGAAUAACAGGAUUCCGCAUUUUGAUUGCUGGAGGUCCUGGAUCUGGCCAAAGGCAUCUUGCUUCAUGUCUUCUCCAUGGUUUUGCGGGGGAUGUUGAAAUUCAGAAGGUUAAUCUGGCUACCAUGUCACAAGAAGGUCAUGGAGAUAUGGUUCAAGGCUUAACACAGAUAUUAUUGAGAUGUGCGAGUAUUGGGUCAUGUAUAAUCUACAUGCCCCGACUUGAUUCAUGGGCAAUGGAGACAGACCACCAAGUUUUUGAGGAGGAGAAUGAUUCAGAGAGUGAUUCCUGUCGAAGGACAUAUGAAGCAGCUGCCUCACAAGCAUGGAAUUCCUUUGUUGAGCAGGUGGAUUCCAUGUUUUCAUCAUCGUCCUUGAUGAUUUUGGCUACUUCUGAGGUGUCAAUUCAAGAUCUCCCUCCUAGAAUAGGGCAGUUUUUCACCAGUGAUAUAUUGAACUGUAAUGAUCAAGUUCUCUCAGAACACACAAUACCACGAUUUGUGGUGGAGGUUGAUGGGAUUUUCAAUCGAGAUACUGUAAUCAAUUCAUCAGUAGCAGAAUUAUCAUGUGGUUUAGUUCAACAAUAUGUUCAGUUGGUUCAUCACAGAGUACAUCUUUGCAGUAUGUCUAAGCAACAUGCAAUUUUUGACACAAAUAAAGAGAACAUAAGUUUGAACACAGAUAAUGGAGCAUCUAAUGAUCGAAUUAAGAUUCAAGUCACUUCUGUAAAGGCUUCUAAUGGCAAUGCUUCUUCUAGUGGCCAUCAAAUCCUUCAAUAUAGAAGUGGGGAUAAGCAACAGCCUCUGCUGAAAACUAAUGGCCAUCCAGAAGAUGAGAUGCAGUUUGGUCCUCAAGAUUCUGUUCCCAGGAUUCCACUGAACAGUAGGACUCUGAAGGGGAAAUCUAGUUUGCUGGUAGCAAUAUCAACAUUUGGGUAUCAGAUUCUGCGAUAUCCUCAUUUUGCUGAACUCUGUUGGGUCACAUCAAAAUUGAAAGAAGGUCCCUGUGCAGACAUAAAUGGACCUUGGAAGGGCUGGCCAUUUAAUUCUUGUAUCAUUCGUCCCAAUAACUUGUUAGAAAAGGUAUCUGUUGGAGGUAACUCCAGCAGUCUUAAAAACAAAGAAAAUUUUGGUUUAGUUAGGGGUCUAAUAGCAAUUGGCUUGUUGGCAUACAAGGGUGUCUACUCAUCAGUUAGAGAAGUUUCUUUUGAAGUUCGAAAGGUUCUGGAGCUUUUAGUUGGUCAGGUUAAUUCCAAAAUUCAAGGUGGGAAAGAUAGGUAUCGGUUUAUUCGUCUUCUAUCACAAGUGGCUUACUUAGAUGAUAUGGUCAACAGCUGGGCAUACAUGUUACAGAGUUUAGAAGACGGUCAAAUUUCAGUUUCAAAUCCUAGGCCAGCAACAAUGGGCCUCUCAAAUGAUCAAGAUACAUCGGUUGAUUGCCUGAAUGGGGAUGAUGCAUGCAAGCAAAAUCUUUCUAGCAAAAGUUGCAUUGAAGUAGAAGUGAAGGAAGAUAAUCCCUGGAAACUUGUGGCUGACAAGAUUGAGUGUGCUGGUUUCAAAGAGAUCAAUAAGGGGAUUGUUAAUCCUGGUUUGGUUAAUAGUGAAGUUAUUCCAAUCUCUGGAGAAGCAUCUCCUCAAAAGAUGGUCUUACCUGGUCAUUCUUCUGCUGGAAUACCUAAAGAAUCUAAUCCAUUGGUCAGUGUAAGCGUGGUGCAUGAACAGUCUAAGGUUGAUCAUACUGAACAUUGUAGCUCAGGAGAUCUUGUGGACAAUGCAAGGUUAUGUGGAGAUUCCUUGAAAAAGUCCAAUGGCUUGGUAGCAGAACCUGUUCUUUCUUCUGAGGAAGGUGUCUGGAUGGAUGAUGCCAGCAAGCAGUGUAAUGGUUCUUUGAUGCCAGAGCUUGGUCAUUCAUCUGAGGACAGUGAAUGUAAACCUGAUGAACCUACUUUGGAUAUCAACUCCACUUUAGACAAAGCCCACAAUCUUUCAACUGCUUCUGGAAUUUCAUGUUUGUACGAAUGUUGCCCUGAAUGCAUCCAUUCUAUCCAUUCUUGGGUUCAAAAUGUUCUUAUCCAUGAGCAGGAGUCAUAUGGAAGCUGCUGGACUGUAGAGGAUGUUCACAAUGUUGUUGUGUCUUUGUCUGCGAAUCUCUUUUCAACAGUUAGAAAAUUUUAUUUUGAUGAAAGUGUCAGCACUUCAGAGAAGUUUGAGAAGACACUGAGACAUGAUUGCCAUGAGCACCAGGCUGUGGAUGCUAUCAAGCUUAAGAAAUCAUUUUGUCAGUGCAUAAGUUCAGGAAAUAGGGUAAUCAUGCCAAUGGAGUGUAUUUGUCACUCAAGAAGCAGGGAUGUUACUGCAAUAACAAAUGCCUGUACAAAUUCUCAGUUUGGGCUAAAUUUAAAAUUCUUCUUCAGAGAUAGUGUACUUGUCCCUGUGGAUCCUGACAAGGAUGUUUUAUUUCACUGUAAAUUUCAGAAUUUGUGCCUUUGUUCUCUUAUAGAGUCAAUAUCAAUGAGCAAGAGCCCUUUGGGUUGAUGAAAUACUGUCAUUUUCAAUUAGGUUAUUCAUGGUAUUGUUUGGUGCUAUGACAAAUCAAGUAUUUGACUUCCAUUGGGAGAUGUAUAGAAAAAUUUUUGCUGUCUUCUAUUUAA